AGGAGGAGGAGGAAAAGUGGUGGGGGGUCAGCUCGCACGCACACACAGUGUCCGCCGCGACUCGGCUCGGCAGUUCUCUCGCUCGGCUCGGUGCGGCCAGUCGUGUGUGUUCGUAUCUGUACAGCUCCAUCCGUCGCAGCAGCAGCAGCAGCAGCAGCUCUCGUUUCCCGUCUGGUUGUCCAAGGGGAGAAACAUCAUCGCACCCGCGCACCCACAUCGAGUACACCAUUGAGGAAUACAGCAGUCGAGAACUCGCAGGACACGCACACAUGUGCGGCGCGAAGGAGAAGCAAGAAGAGGCCGCGCAUGGCGAAGAAAAGAACGACGAUGGAGAGCAGCCUCCGCUAGACCUAGUGCUCUGAGGAGACAGAGCGAGAGAGAGAGAGAGAGAGAGAGAGAGAAAGAGCAGCGCAGUAUAUAUAUAUAUAGAUACGCCACUCGUCUGCCGUGUAUGUGUGCGUGAGAGUGCAGUGCAAGAGAGACAGAGAGAAAGAGCGCGAGAUAUACAUCCGCCAAUAGGUUGUGCAGCAGGAGCUUACAUAUAGCCACUACAUACUUACUCUCUCGGCAGCGCGCCGUGCAGAGAUCUCGAGAGCGCGAGAGCCUCAGAAAAUGGCUGCGCUCUUGGCUGGGCAGAGUCGUCGCGCCCGUCGGACGAGCCUCUGGCUGGGUUGCUGCAUCGUCUUCCUCGCCUGCAGAACUAUCGCCGUCUCGGCGAUAACCUGCUACUGCGACGGCCACUGUCCCGACGGUCGUCAGAACGGCACGUGCGAGACGCGACCCGGCGGCCACUGCUUCAGCGCCGUCGAGAAGGUCUACGAUGCCGACUCGGACGAGAACGUGCCCGAGUGGUCGUUCGGCUGUCUGCCGCCCGACGAGCAGGGCUUCAUGCAGUGCAAGGGCAACCUGGUACCCCACAUCCAGGAGAAGAACAUCGUCUGCUGCAACAACACCGAUCUCUGUAACAAGGACGUCUUCCCCAUGUACAAGUCGAAGCCGACGGUGCCGCCGGAUCCAAGAGCUCUGCCCUCCGGUGUCCCGCUCAUCAUCCUGGCGGUCUCGCUCUCCGUCCUCCUGAUCGUCUUCAGCGUCUCGAUGGUACUUAUCUACCAUCGCUACCGCAGGAAGGAACGGGGACCUUGUCUCGUCUCGUCCCAGGGUACGCUCAAGGACCUCAUCGACCAAAGCAGCGGAUCCGGAUCCGGACUGCCCCUGCUCGUGCAGAGAACCAUCGCCAAGCAGCUGGCUCUCUCGCAGUGCGUCGGCAAGGGCAGGUACGGUGAGGUCUGGCUGGCCAGGUGGCGUGGCGAGAAGGUCGCCGUCAAGGUCUUCUUCACGCUCGAGGAAGCCUCCUGGUUCAGGGAGACGGAGAUUUACCAGACCGUCAUGAUGAGGCACGACAAUAUUCUCGGAUUUAUCGCCGCUGAUAUCAAGGGCACGGGAUCCUGGACGCAGAUGUUGCUCAUCACCGACUACCACGAGAGGGGAUCGCUGCACGACUAUCUGCAGACCUCUGUUCUCGACCAUCCCUCGCUGCUCGCGAUAUGCCUGUCCAUCGCGUCGGGAGUGGUGCACCUGCACACCGAGAUCUUCGGCACCAAGGGCAAACCCGCCAUCGCGCACAGAGACAUCAAGAGCAAGAACAUACUGGUCAAGCGCAACGGCGAGUGCGCCAUCGCUGACUUCGGCCUGGCUGUGCGCUACCUGAGCGACACCGGAGAGAUCGACAUCGCGCCCAACACGCGAGUGGGUACUCGCAGGUACAUGGCGCCCGAGGUUCUUGACGAGUCCCUCAACACAUCCUCGUUCGACGCUUUCAAGAUGGCCGACAUGUACUCGGUCGGCCUCGUCCUCUGGGAAGUCUGCAGAAGGUGCGCAUCCGGUGGCAAAGUUUCCACGGCGGAGCCCUACGCCCUGCCCUAUCACGACGUCGUGCCUAGCGAUCCUGACUUCGAAGAGAUGAGAUUCGCGGUCUGCGUCAAGAGGAUACGCCCGGUCAUACCGACCAGAUGGGAAAAUGAUCCGAUCCUCUUCACACUGAGCAAGCUGAUGACCGAAUGCUGGCACACGAAUCCAGCCGUUCGCCUGACGGCUCUCCGAGUCAAAAAGACAAUGUCAAAGUUGCACAUCGAUAACGCCAUCAAGAUCGUGUAGUGAUUUUAACCGAGUUUAGCCGUUAAAACUGUUAUCACUUUUUCUCCUCUCUCCUAGUUGUGAACUCUGUGUCACAUACGUGUCCCGUGUAAAUAGUAUCCCACCCCCGUGUCCAGUAUAUCCCCUUGUGUACAUAGCAUUAGGUAAUUGCAGACUGCAGCCGAAGACUGAUGAUGAGAACUGAAAUUUAUAAUAACGCGAAACAAAAAAGCAGAUGAGUGCUGGACAAAUGAUGACGAUGAUUAUCUCAGUGUGAUUCCCCGAGAGCGAGUGCGUGCGCGACGUGCAAUUAUCGAGUAAUACUAUUAUAUAUAUAUAUAUACUAUGUUAUAACUAUAAAUGUACGAAGAAAUAUGCGAGACGACAGCGUUGUACUUUUUUUCUUAGGUUUUGGACUAACCGGGCCAAAGACUUACGUCGACGUGAGUUGUAACGAGCUCUUCGAGGUUUAUCCUGCAAUAAAAACUACUGGCUUCUACUUAUUAACGAUUCUGUAAAAAAGCGAGUACAUUAAUGUUGGAAGGCUUUUAAUCAAAACUAGAAUGUAACUUUUUAACAACGCUACAGCAGACAACUUCUUUUUGUAACUCGUUACUUACCAGUCAAUUUUGAGACGAGAGAUUUUAUUAGCUCCACGGUGUGAAUCGCUACAAAGUGUUCAGAACGUUUGACAAUAUUUUGCGCACGAAUACGUAAUUUUAUAUGUAUCACAAGAAAUCAAGGACAUACAUCAAAAUUCUGAAUUCGUUGGAGAUAAUACAAAAUUCAUAGAGAUAAUGUAUUACCAAAGUAAAUUUUACGAUUCACGCUAGUUUUGCUUUUGGAUUCACCUCGGCGCUGAAAACAUCGAUACGUUCAUUUUUCGUCACUAGUUUAUAGUAUACUAAGAGGAAACGCCAUUGCAGGAUGUUCACGAUUGACAUAAACGCGAAAGUUUUCAUAAAUGUAUGUAGCUUCGUAUACAGAGAUUUGCUUGAGAAGUUUGAUAAUUACUUUACAUGAUGUACAUCUUAAUUGUGCCGUGGACCAUGCCAUGUUUUGAGACUGAUCACGAUAUACAAAUAUUUUUUGUAAUAUUUAUAAGCGAAAAAAUUUCCUAUGUUUCAAGACGCGCAAGAGCGAGAAAGAAACGAAGCGACGAAAACCAGAAAAAAUAGAAGCAAACGAUGUCUAUAUCUUUGUCAAGUUCUAACGGCCUCCGAGCGGCUCUGUGUAACGCAAACUACGCUGUACAAUUUAAUCCUUGUAACUCUGUACAGAUGCGAAAUACCUUAACGUUUUUUUUUUUUAGAAUUAUAUCGAAUAAGAAAGUGAGCGAGAGCGAAUUUGUAUAGCGAGAGUGUAUGAUUGACGGUUUUAGGCAAACGAUUAGCGAUUCCAGGCAAAUCAUUCUUAUCGAACGGCAGGAUAUGCCGAUAUCAACGAUCACUGAUCUGACCUCUUUUUGGUACAAACGAGCAACGAUUCGGCAUAUCUUUGUGAUACUUAUCAAACUCAAAAGAGAGACGGCAAUGCUGCAUCAGACGAAGAAAGUAAAAAAAUCAAGCUACCUAAAAAUAAUAAAACUGGGCUCUCGGUCGCGAGCCAAAAAUCGGCGUGUUUAUCGUUAUUAUAGUAUGAUAAAUGCUUUUUGCACUGCGCUGCAAAUCAGCGGAGCCAUUGUUAAAUACUAUUCUAUAGCUCUUCAAUGCGAAGAUCGAUUGUAAUUAUUAUAAAUAUGUAUUGUAAACGACGGGCUAAAAAAACGAUCGAAAGUAUGAAAUUUAUAUUUUUAACGAAUUAUUAAACAAAUAUAAACUUUUCCAAACGAA